AUGGACAUGGACGGGCCAACACUCGCGGAAGAGUUCUUCGACUUGACCUCGGUAGAGGUGGCCGCCAACCACCUGCAGCCUGCCGAGUCGGUGGGUAAGGAAAACAGCGUGCAGGCAGCGCAGACUUCGCAUCGUCUUGAUAUCAUGUACGCCUGGCUCGUAGGUGAUGAUCCAUGGAGCGACAAUGGCCGUACAUAUUAUGGCGGAAAGCGCUCUCUAUUCGGAGGCCGUGUGAUGGACCUCGGUUGCGGUCAGGGUGACCUCACUGGCGCCAUGGCCGCUGUCCUCGCCAAGAACAUCGAUCUAUUCCAACUCAAGAACUCCGAGCCACCAAGCAUUGUCGGCGUGGACCCUGCCUCGCCAGACUAUGGCUCCCCUUACACACUUCACCAGGCCCAGUCUCACCUCGCUCAAAACGAGGCCCUCAAGCCUCAUCUUUCCUUCAUCUUGGGCAAGACCGCGCACGAGGUGCUCAAAUCGCAGCACUUCGACACUGUGACCCUCGCGCACAGCAUCUGGUACUUUCCGUCCGUCAAGAUGAUCCGUGAUACCUUCAAGGCGAUACGCGAGGCUGGCGUCAAGAAUCUCCUGCUCGCCGAGUGGGCAAUGUCCGUAUCCCACACUGAAGCCGUUCCCCACCUGCUCGCUGUGCUCUUGCAAGCCCAAUCGCCUCUACGGGACGGUAACGUCCGAACGCCGAUCAGCCCCACCCAAAUUGUAGCAUUGGCAGCCGAGGCUGGCUGGAAGGUAGACGAUUACGUCAUCUUCACUCCUCGCAAAGAGCUUCAGGACGGCAGGUGGGAGGUUGACAUGGCGCGCGACGCUGUCAAGCUUUUCAACGACUCCGUGCCGGAGGCGCUCGAUCAGUCCGGUCAGAGACUGCUGCACUCGAUCCAGACGUCGAGCUCGGCGCUCGAAGAGGCCGUCCGCUGGGGUGGCAAGGGCAGAUGCAUGGACGUCUGGACCGCCGUGCUCUCGCCAGCCUAG